AUGGCGGAACUGAAGUUUCAGACAUUGAAUCCCGCAACUGGGGAGGUUGUCAAGACAUUUCUCUCAGCGACGGACGAUGAAGUUCAGGCAGCAAUCGACAACGCUCAUGAUGCAUUUCAGAAGAAUUGGCGUCCGCGGCCAGUCAAAGAUCGGGCAGCUGUGAUCUUCAAAGUGGCAAAGUUGAUGCGGGAGCGAUCUGAGUCUCUUGCACAGCUGGUAGUGCUGGAGAUGGGCAAACCUAUCGACAUGGCCCGAUUUGAGUUGGACAUAUCAAUCAGGAUCCUGGAGUAUUACGCCGAAAAUGGGGAAAAGCUCCUCGCUCCAAGAACACUUCCCCAAGCUCCGGGAUCUCGGAUCGCUCUUGAACCUCUUGGGGUCAUCCUGGCCAUCGAGCCCUGGAACUACCCUUUUUAUCAGGUCGCUCGGGUGGUGGGACCACAGCUCAUCGCCGGUAAUGUGGUCAUAGUCAAGCAUGCACCAAGUGUGCCUCAAUGUGCAAUUGCACUAGAAGCGUUAUUCACCGAUGCGGUGGUGCCGACCGGAGUGUACACCAACAUUUUUGCAACUAUCUCACAGGUCCACCGUCUCAUCGAAGACUUCCGCAUAAGAGGAGUGACUUUGACCGGCAGCGAAGUGGCUGGCGCAGCCGUCGCAGAGCGCGCCGGACGACAUCUCAAGAAGGUCGUCCUGGAACUGGGCGGCUCGGACCCUUUGAUCAUCCUCGACGAUGCUCCACUUCCGGCAGCGAUUCAAACCGCCACCGUCGGCCGUUUGAUGCAGUCAGGACAGUCAUGCGCGGCAUCGAAGAGGGUCAUUGUUGUCGGAAAGGAACGUGGUGAACUGGUCCUCGAAGGGCUCAAGCAAAGUUUCAGCAACUUCCGGGCUGGUGAUCCCUCCGAAGAGGUGACCACACUAGGACCCGUCUUUGCCGAGCGUGGUUUGACGAAACUUCUGCAACAGGUCGAGAUGGCCAAGAUUAAUGGUGCAAAGAUCGUAAUGGGCGGCCAGCGAGUUCCUCGACCAGGGUUUUUCAUGGAGCCCACCAUCAUCACAGACAUUUCACCAGAGAACCCUCUCUUUGGCGAGGAGACCUUUGGCCCUGUAUUGUCCUUUUACAUCGUCAAAUCUGAGGACGAAGCCAUUAAACUGGCUAACGCAACCAAAUUUGGAUUAGGAGCUUCCAUAAUUACAGCAGACACAAAGCGUGCAGCAGCUUUGGCUGCGAGAAUUGAUUCUGGAAUGGUCUUCAUCAACUCAUUCGUAUACAGCGGACCUGAAGUGCCUUUUGGAGGCAUCAAAAACUCCGGGUUUGGCCGAGAACUAUCAGACCUGGGCUUGAUGGAGUUUGUCAAUCAGAAGUUGAUUAGAGAAGGUACACUUUGA